CGUUGCCGCGGGUAACUAGCCAACACGUCGACGCUUUAAAGCUCUCUACCACCUUCACUUUCGCACUCCUGUCCGCCAUUAAUCUAUUCCCCGCUCCCUCCAUCUACAAUUGCUUGCAGCCCGACUGCAAUUGGAGCUGUCGAUCAAGCUUAUCGUCUGAAGGAAACAAUAUCACACCAUCUGCACCGGAGAUCCACGACACCUAUUCGAAUAGCUGUCUACCAUGGCCUCCGCCUCCCGAAGCUUCACGCGUGCCCUGCGCACCUCGACCCCUACUUUCCGCACCGCUUCGACGCGCUCUGCACGCUUUGCCGUCCCACAGCAGGCCUUCCGUCAACAGUUCCGCCGCGGAUAUGCGUCGGGCAAGGAGGGUGGCGAUGAACACAACCCUAAUACUAUGCUGUGGGGCGCCGGCGCCCUCGUAAUUGCUGCCGGUGGUUACGCAGCCUACAAAUACAAGCCAGAGCUGUUUGGGCAAGAGGCGAAGGCCAAGGGCCCUUUCAUCCCCAAGUUUGAAGACUACCAAAAGGUGUACGAUGCGGUGGCCAAGCAGCUGGAGGAGAAGGACGAGUACGACGACGGGAGCUACGGACCCGUGCUGUUGCGAUUGGCGUGGCACGCGUCGGGAACAUACGACAAGGCGACUGGGACUGGUGGCUCAAAUGGUGCUACCAUGAGAUUCGCACCUGAAGGCGAUCACGGCGCAAAUGCUGGCCUUAAAGCGGCACGAGACUUCCUCGAACCUAUUAAGGAGAAAUUCCCCUGGAUAUCCUACUCCGACCUCUGGGUCCUCGCUGGAGUCUGCGCCAUCCAAGAAAUGCAGGGCCCCAAGAUCCCCUACCGUCCUGGCCGCUCCGACCGCGAUGUUUCCUUCUGCACACCCGACGGCCGUCUUCCUGACGCUUCAAAGGAGCAGAAGCACAUCCGCGCCAUCUUCGGCCGCAUGGGCUUCAGCGACCGCGAAAUCGUAGCUCUGUCUGGCGCUCACGCUCUCGGCCGCUGCCACACCGAUCGCUCUGGCUACGACGGUCCGUGGACCUUCUCCCCGACCACCCUGACCAACGAUUACUACAAGCUGCUGUUGGAGGAGAAGUGGGCGUGGAAGAAGUGGAACGGUCCGAGCCAAUAUGAGGAUGUCAAGACUAAGAGCUUGAUGAUGUUGCCAACGGAUAUGGCGCUCAUCAAGGACAAGGGAUUCCGACCAUACGUAGAGAAGUACGCCAAGGACAAUGAUGCUUUCUUCAAGGACUUCUCUGAAGCUGUCACGACGCUCUUCGAGCUCGGUGUGCCGUUCGCUUCAUCGGCAGAGGACAGGUGGACAUUCAAGAGCUCCUUCGACUAAACUGACACCUUCGAUGGGGGAAUAGACAGGGACAGACAACAAGACAGACACAAACACACACACACACACACACACAUACCGGGGACGUGCAUUUUGGGAGUCACUGUGCCUGAUUUUCCAGGAAUGAUAUCCUACUAGACCGACAUAGACCAUGUGGAUUUUGGGGGGUUUUGCGCUUGCGACAGAAUGACCUCAAUGUGGAGGAUGCGCAUGGGCUCGGUCUUUUCUUCACAAUGCUCUUUACAUGUUCUUUUUCUCUUGAUUGUAGCACUGCAUCUCCCAUCAUCCUUGGGUGUUAUUCUACGACAAGUUCACACAACAUUCCGGUAU